UUGUUUUUGUUCGCGUAGAAAAAAAUUUCUCCCUCGUGCUCUAGUAAAAAAAAUUUUUUUUGAGUUCAGUCUGUUACGAAUAAACAAGAGACCCUCCCCGAGCUUCGCUGAAUUGAGUUAUUAAAAGCAAGUUAGAAGUCUAUAGCAAUCAUGAUUGUGACGGAGACAAGAUCUGAAGGAGAAAUGUUUCCUGUGCCUCCUGUAAGUAAAAAGAUUCGCUCAGAUUCAACAUCGUCCACAGAUUCGCAUGUACCUGAUACGAUGGUUAAAAAUUUAGAAUUGGAAAGAGUAAAGGAACUCUUUGAAAGUUACGACUCAGAAACGGCUGAAGCUGUUACAUGCGUCGUUUGUGGUAAAAAUUACAAAAGUAAAGUUUGUGUUAAAAAGCAUUUGUGGGAACAUAGCGUAUAUUGGGACCUAUUUGAUGGAUUGAAGAAACAACAGCGAGUUUUGUCAAUUCAAGCUGCGAUUAUUUUAGCUGUAAAGUUUAACCCAUCAUUAUCAUUACUCCUCGUGACGCAGUCUAGUAAUAAUAACAAGAAAAAGACGGAGAAAUCGUCUGCAAAAAACUUUACUGAAAAAUCUCAUUUAGAUAACACAACAACUUCAAGGAAGCGAAAAAUGGACGAUGUUGUUUUAGAAAGCUCGUAUAUUAGCAGUUUUUCAUCAUCGAAUACAAGUAGUUCAAACUUAAAUCUUAUUUCAGAGUAAAAAAAAAAAUAGUGCUUAGAUUGUUUAUUUAAAAAAUGACAUUUUUUUAAUUUUAAUCACAAUAUUCCGCUGAGUAAAUUUGUAAUUAAUCGACCAACGUGGUGCAUGUCAACAAAAGACGAAUUUAAUUUGAAAAGAGCAAGAAACGUGUUAUAUUGUUUAAAAGUUUACUCAGCAAAUUCUCGUAGCGUUUAACAUUUCUAGAUAUUUUGUAAUUUUUUUUGCGUUGUUGUAUACAGGAACUUUGUGCGCUAGUUUUUUUUUACUACAGCAAAUCUCUUGCUGGUUGUUUAGCUACACCUGUUAUCGGCCUCGUUUUUUUUUGCCAGCUUUAACUCAUCUCGACAUAAUUUUGUAAAACGAUCAAACCGAAGCGGAGCCCCCUUACUGCCUGUUAUUUGCAAGAGGAAAAUUCUCCUGAUUUUCCUGUUUCUGUUCAUUUGUUAAUAGACAUAGAUAUAUAUUUGUAAAUAGGUAUCAAAUUUUUAUAAUUAACGAAGGGAUGAUAAUAUUGUAUAUAUUUACUUCCUUCGACUUUAGCCUUCGAUAUACUUGCGUUCUUUUUUUUUUUUUGCUAAAAACAAAAGCGAAGAAAGAAAAAUAUUUUUUGAUUAUAAUUUUCAAUAACACUGUUUUGAGUUAAUGUUGAAACUGAAAUUUAAAUUGUAAAUUUUACAUCAAGUUCUGAGCUUUAAAAGUCACUUAUUUUUUGUGUAUAUGUUUAUAGGACUUGUAAAUUUUUUACUUGCCACGGCUAAAAAUUAGGAAGAUAAAAAAAAACUUUUUUUAGGAAUGACUCAACUUGUUUUUAACUGUAUUAAGGUUGAAUAAAAAAUAAAAACGGUAGUGUGAAAUUUGAA